GACUUGUCUACACAAGCAUCCGUCGAAGAACGCCAUAUCCACUCUUCUUCUUAGUUUCAACCUAUUUCGUCGGUUUGUGGCGUUGCUAAGCUAUCCGCUCAGGCAAAGAUAUGACCAUUCCUGUGGUAUGAUCAGUUUGUUGAAGUUUACUGAAAAAUGGAUCUCGCAUCAUGUUGAAUACGGGAUUUGGGAUUUACCGACAGACUGUAGCCUUAUAUAUCCCCCAGAAGCUCUUGCAUCAAGAGUGGAUUCACUCUCUUUUGAUCACCAGGAUUCGACGUAUCCACCAUGGCCGGACAACCUCCAGCAGAUGCGGACUACUCUGCAGAACCAACGAAGGAUCCUAUCACUACCGAGACGUCUGCAGCCCAUGAGAUCAAGGCAGAUAAUGCAAAGAGUGGAGGUGAUGCGGCGCUGAACCUCCUCAAGGAAUCUGGCGGUGUCCACCGUGUGGUCGAUUCUGAGACGAACAAGCGUCUGCUUCGCCGUAUCGAUCUGCAUAUUAUGCCCCUCAUCUGUAUUGUCUACUUCUUGCAAUACAUUGAUAAGACUGCCAUCUCGUAUGCAAGUGUCACGGGAAUCCUCGAGUCAACACAUCUGCACGGCAACCAAUUCAAUUGGGUAGCAUCGAUCUUCUUCUUCGGGCAACUCGCAUUUGAAUUCCCUACAAUUCGCCUCAUUCAACUAUUCCCACUUGCCAAGUAUGUCGCGGUCAAUGUCACCAUUUGGGGAGCAGUCUUGGCCUCGCUCGCAGCAUGCAAAUCCUACGCCUCACUCCUAGUAUGCCGCUUUCUCCUAGGCGCUGCAGAGGCCGCCGUCGUUCCGGCCUGGGUCAUCUUCACAUCCCAAUGGUACACCAAAAACGAGCAGGCCUUCCGCGUUGGAAUCUGGUUCUCUGUAUGCGGUGCCGCUCAAAUGUUUGGUGGUUACUUCGCCUAUGGCGUUGCCAAUCACGUCGGCGGAGACGUAAAUGCCGCUCUCAAAGGUUGGCAAGUCAUCUUCCUGUUCCUUGGGCUAUUGACUGCUGUCGUUGGAAUCAGCUUUUGGUUCAUCAUGCCCGACUCGCCCGAGUUCGCUGGUUUCCUUUCAGCAGAGGAGAAAGCUCUCCACAUUGAGCGCAUUCGUUCCAACGAACAAGGUAUCGGAUCGAGAGUCUUCAAGUGGGACCAGUUUUGGGAGGCUGUUACCGAUCCUAUGACUUGGUUGUAUGCCUUCUGGAUCUUUGCGGCCAAUAUCCCAAACUCGAUUGCGACCUCCUUCGGUAACAUUCUCGUCAAGGGCAUGGGCUACACUUCGAAGGAGUCACUCUUGUUGGUCACACCGCUCGGCGCAUACGAAAUCGUAGCUCUGGUCGGAUUGACUUACAUCGCCAUGAAGAAAGAGCAGCGACUAUAUGCCUGUAUCGCAGGUCAUAUUCCCGCCAUCAUCGGCGCGAUUCUGAUGGCUACGACGAACAAGACUCCCGCGCUCAUCGGAUACUACCUCUCUGGUGGAAUCCCCAUCGGCUGGACGACUAUUCUCGGGCUUCAAGCCUCCAACGUCGCCGGAUCGACAAAGAAGAUCACGGUGUCUGUCAUUGGUACGAUCGCCUACACAGUCGGAAACAUCAUCUCGCCCCAAACUUUCCAGGCCAGGGAUGCGCCUCGAUAUCUCCCUGCAAAGAUUUCGAUUGUCAUUUUGUACUUCUUGAUUACUGUGGAUCUGUUUAUCAUGCGAUGGCUGUUCGUCAGGCGAAAUAAGGAAAGGGAUCAGGAAAGAGAAACUCAAGGAGAUAGCUACAAAGUCGAAGAGAACCAUGAGUUCUUUGACCUCACGGAUCUGAAGAACAGGGAGUUUAGAUAUGCUUUGUAAGGAGGAUAUAGUAUAGAAGC